AUAUUUUAUGUACCGUAAGGUUCUUUCAGAAAAUCCCUAAGCUCUUCGCAGUGAUACCUUGUUCCAUCAACUAUCACGUACUGCAUCGGAGCUUACAUACACGCAGACGACUUCCGGGUGUCUGCUAGGGAGCGCUCGUGUAUUUUUGAUGAUCCUAGAUGAUGACAGAACAUUCUAAUGUUGAGAAUGCCUUCUGGUUGAUAGCUGUGGCAGCACUAUGGGGAUCCACUAAUCCUUUCAUCAAGAAGGGCAGUCAAGGCAUUGAAAAUAUUAAGCAUGACAGCAGGAUAAGGCAGUUCCUUGCUGAACUUGGAUUUCUUUUCUUUAACUGGAAGUACCUUAUCCCCUUUCUUGUGAACCAGUCUGGGUCCGUCUUGUUUUACAUAACACUAGCAUCAGCAGAACUAAGCCUUGCAGUUCCUCUCACAAACUCACUGACAUUCAUUUUCACCAGCCUGUCAGGGAGGCUUCUUGGAGAGAAGAUCCAUCACUGGGAGACAUAUGCAGGCAUGGUCUGUGUGGUGUUGGGUGUGGCACUUUGUGUGUACAGCAAAACAUGACACUACCUCACUCAGUCUGUACUCCACUGAGAUACAACAAAGUGACUUUUCAGAUCAUUUGAAAGAUUUGCUCAAUUCUUUUUAUAAGGAAUCAUCAUGCAGAGAAAAUCUGACUAUAUUCAAGAUAUAAGGAAUCAUGCCCUGUACAAAGGUUCUGCGGGCCAUGGAUCAAGUUGGCCAUGGAUCAAGUUACUUUAACUACAACUAUUUAGAAGAGUUCUUGAAUUUAUACCUGGUCAGAUUAAACUACUUUACUUUAACUACAUUGUAUAUUUCAUUUUUAGAUGACGAGGUCAGGUUCAUUAAAUGUAUUUUAUGUUA